AUAAAGCGCAUCGAAAAAUGGCACUCGAUUUUGCGGCAACGUACAAAGUGCUGGUGCUGGGCGAUUCUAACGUUGGCAAGACGUGCAUCGUGCAUCGUUACUGUGACGAGCGGUACUAUGACACGUACAUUUCCACGAUCGGAAUCGAUUUCAAGCAGAAACUCAUCAACCUGGACGGUGUGCCGAUCAAGCUACAGAUCUGGGAUACGGCCGGUCAGGAGCGGUUCCGCACGCUGACGACUGCCUACUAUCGUGGUGCCAUGGGUAUACUGCUGAUGUACGACGUGACGAGUCUGGAGUCUUUCAACAACCUCUCCUACUGGUUGAGGAACAUUCAGGAGAACGCGGCUCCUGAUGUGGUAAAAGUUCUGGCUGGCAAUAAGUGUGAAUGCAAUCCACCACAGCGAGCAGUCGAUAAGGAACGAGGUGAAAAGAUUGCCGAAAACUUUGAUAUGCCCUUCUUCGAAGUAUCAUGCAAGCAGAACAUCAACAUUGAGCAAGCGUUCCUGACACUGGCCCGGAAGAUUCGUGAGCAGCGAGAACAUCGGGGUGAAAACUUCGACGAUGGCGAUCGCCAGAAGGGCCUACAGGACAUGAUCAAGAACGGACCCGGCUCGAACGGUCUCGGACCGUUUACGUUAGGCAGUGGCGGCGAAGGUGGACGAUGUUCUUGCUAA